AGACAAGUCUGCACACGCAUCUACAUUCAUGUAUGUUUUAUUACCUUUUACACGGUUUGCAAACUACCCCAGCGCUUUUGUUAUAGCAAAUUUGGGUUUUUAAUGGACUAAUACAGAUACACCGUAAGAUUUCUUGCGUGAAUGUGAGCGUCACCCCGGUCUAGGUGCGCCGUCCUCCGCUUCCGGGGAGGUGCGGAGGGAGGCGUGUGUCAGCCACCGUCCUGCGAGGCGUCUAGGGAGGCUCGAGCACCGGCUCCUCGUUACUUGUUAUGGGAAGGAACCAGUUUUAAUGUGGGUUAGUGUGUGUCACCGUAGGUCCUGGAGCAUGCAUGUCUAGCCGCCACGGUAUCGGGUAGUUUAACGAGUCGCCAUGGCGAUCGCGCAGGUCGCCACCGAGUACGUCUUCUCCGACUUUCUGCUGAAGGAUCAGCCCGAGUCCAAAUACAAAGGCGUGCGGACGGAGCUGGCCGCCGACAAGCUGGUGACCUGCAUCGCCGUGGGGCUGCCGCUGCUACUCAUCUCGCUGGCUUUCGCGCAGGAGGUGUCGGUGGGUGAGUAUUUCACAUCUAUCACUUUCUUCUCCUUUCUUCUGACUCAAGCUUUUCUUCUCCCUCAUCAUUCCAGUUUUUUUCCCUACAUCCUCCUGCUGGUCGCCGUCCUCAUGUACGUGCCGGUCCUGUUCUGGCGCUUUGUGGCCGUGCCCUGCCUCACCUCGGACCUGGCCUUCAUCAUGGAGGAGCUGGAUCUCUACAACCGGGCCAUCAAACUGGCCCAGAGUCUGGCGGCCAGCGAGGCGCCGGGGGACCCACGCAGCAGCACCUCGGACCUAACGGAGGGCUUCCGCUAUCCGCUGGUGGAGCAGUACCUGAAGACCAAAAGAGCCUCGAGGAGCCUGCUGGUGAAGUACCUGAUCUGCCGGGGGCUGGCGCUGUGCAUCCUGCUGCUGGCCGUCCUCUACUUGGUUUACUACAUCAACAUGGCCAGCAUUACGGACGAGUUCAGCUGCGACAUCCGCACUGGCGUCCUGCAGAACGACACUGGCCUCCCCCCUGCCUUGCAGUGCAAGCUGGUGGCUGUAGGCAUCUUCCAGCUGCUCAGCCUCAUCAACCUGACAGUGUACUUGAUGCUGGUGCCCGCCAUCGCGUACGCGGGUCCUGCAGCCAGCGCGCAGGGGUCGCGCCGCCUUCCUGGAGCCCUAUGAGAUGCUGCCCGGAUGCUGCCCGUCUUCAGCGUGUUUGACCUGGGAUCUGGGCCAGCCUACGAUGACCUGUCGCUCUACCUGCUCUUCCUGGAGGAGAACCUGAGCGAGCUGAAGUCCUACAAGCGGCUGAAGGUCCUGGAGAUGUUGCAGGGCGCGGGGGAGCAGUGCGACACGCUAGGGCUGCUGCAGGCGCUCGGCCAGGUGAGGGUGGAUGGCGUGGAUGGAAAGGGGCCGGCCGGCCCGCGGCUCAGGACGGUGGAGGCGCCUCGCCGAGAGGGACGCCGUGGCCAUGAAGGGUGA